AGGUAAUGAGAGAUCUCGGCUUUAUAAAUAACCCAGCACAUACAAACACACACACACACACACACAGAUCAGCUUUGACCUGCUGUGUGUUCGGGAAUGGAGUUCAUUUCAAUAAAGUAUUCUGGAGUUUAAGAAAAUCAGAUGGGAGAAAAGAGCAGGUAUGAGACUCCGCCCAGCUCUGAGCUUCACAGGUUACUCUGGUUCAAACCAGACACGAGCAACCAUCUUGACGAGGUCAGACCGGGCAUCUACAUUGGAGACCUGUACGCAGCUAAAGACAGGCCCACGUUACAGGCUCUGAACAUCAGUCACGUGUUGAACGCAGCUCACGGUAAAUACAACGUGAACACAGGAGCGAGUUUCUACAGAGGUACCAACAUCACCUACCACGGUGUGGAGGCCUUCGACUCGCCCUCCUUCGACAUGACCCCCUUCUUCUACAGUGCUGCCAAAUUCAUCAAGAGCGCACUGAGCACCCCUGGAGGUAAGGUGUUUGUGCACUGUGCCAUGGGUCUGAGUCGCUCGGCCACGCUGGUCCUCGCCUACCUGAUGAUUGAGGAGAAGAUGACGCUGGUGGAGGCCAUCACUGCUGUGGCAAAAAACAGAAACAUCUGCCCCAACUCGGGCUUCCUGGAGCAGCUACGCACACUCGACACACAACUGCAGAACCAACACAGCGCCCCCUAG